GGUAAAAGUUGAUCAGAUCACAUGGACAAUCAUCCCUUAAUAAAUAGAUAGGAUAUGCCCUUUUUAUUUAUUUUAUUUUAUUUUGUUUGUUUUAACCAUUUUUUUUCUUCAUGUUUAGUUGGUUUGUAGUCAAUACAAGUGAUCCCAAAGGACAGCGAAAAAUUCAAAAAAAUCAUGGAGAAAAAUCCAUCAUCACAUCCAAAGUGGCUCCCAGCGUAAAAUCAACGUCGGUGAGCGUAAUUAUUGACGAUGUCAACCUAAACAGUUACGAGGCCACCAUGUGUGAUGAACCUGAGGCCAUGACGUCCAAUGAGCCCUUACGGUCCGCUUCUAAAUCUCUCGCAAUCGAAUUAGCCAAAAAGACUUCCAUGUCGUCCCUUAAUGGGCCCAGUAAACCAAGACCGAUUCCGUUUAUGCAGAAAACAGAAGGCAUCAUGACUCCGCAUUCCAGUUUACCAAGAAGCAUGGCCAUUCAAAAAAAGCAGCGUCCACCUUCCUCUAUCGCAAGCAACUCUUCAAAUUCAUUUUUACUAAGAUUAGCUCAUUCACCCAAGGCUUCAGCAGCUGCAUUCCCAACCAGUGUGUCAGCAAAUGGAAAUGUAGUUUUUGAUUGUAAAGAAGAGGAAGAUAAUAUGAUUCAAUCAGCGGCUAUUCAAAGUUUAGCUAGGAGAAUUGAUACACCGUCACCUGCGGGUGGUUCUGACAUGGAAGAAGAAGACGAUUAUGAAGAUGAAAUAAACACGAGGAAUACAUCCAUGAAUAUGGAUGAUGAUUACUUUGAGACCCUGAACAAACAGAGAGACGAAACUGCUAUAGCGAAAGAACUAUCUCCUACAUUGUCCACGUGCGAAAAUAAAGCUAUCACACAACAAGAGAAUAAAGGGGGUUUUUUGGCUUGGCUUGGAAUUUCAUCUUACUCAAACACUGACCAAAACAAGAUCUUAGCAGUGAGGGGUGCAGAUAAUGAUCUGGAGGAAUCACCGCCAGUAUUAACACCAAGGACAACUGUCACUACAACUACGACAACCACAACUACAACCACAACCACAUCAUUACCGUCUGAAGAACCGCCGCAAAAAACUGUGGAACAGAAGACCCAAGUUUCAACAACGGUUGAAACAUCUGGAGAGUCUUCUUGGACUUCAUUCUUAUUCCCAGCCAAGAAAAACGUUAUUCAACCUGCGAAACCGCUGCCAGUAAUGAGUGAUAAACCGAUACCGAAAGUAGAACGAACAGCAUCUCUACCUAUCACUACUACUGUAAAUCCAGAUGGUGUAAAACCAACGCUAAGACAAUCGGCAUCGAAUGCAUCAUUACGCCCCAGAAAAAAAAAUGAGGUGUUGCCACCAUUUGACUCACAAUUUAUUCAAACCGAACUAUCCGACGUUGUGCCACCUACUACUACAAGUAAUAUCAUUACCAAAGCAAUUGACGCUAUUAAUGCAAUCUUGAUCCAAGCACCGCCUGAUCAACCCGAAGAUAACUCUAGUUGGUUAGCAAAACGAAUGAGAGCCAAAUUUUCUAGUUUUGUCGAUGAUAUGAAAUCCUCAGAUCCCAAGACUAUUGUAGACAAAAGAAUUGUAGUGGUGGGUGUACAUGGUUGGUUCCCUAUGAAGCUCGUGCGUAGUAUGAUUGGAGAACCAACCGGUACAUCAUCAAAAUUCUGUGAGCAAAUGGCUUCGGGUGUAAAACUUUAUUUCCAAACAGAGCAUGGUGUCACAUUACCUCCCAAUGCUAUUACUAUGGUGCCUUUGGAGGGCGAAGGAAAAGUAGAGGACAGAGUCAACCAACUCUACACCAAAUUAGUAGAGAACUCGACUUGGCUCGAAGCAGUAUCAUCGGCAGAUGUUAUUUUAUGGGCAACACAUUCUCAAGGCACACCCGUCUCCAUCAUGCUACUGCAAAGGCUCCUCGAAAGAGGUCAUGUACAUAUUAUCAGACAAUCCGUUUGUUUAUUAGCAAUGGCAGGAAUUUCCCAUGGUCCAUUUCCCGCUUUAAAAGGUAGUCUUAUCGUAAAGUAUUUUGAGGCAGAUGCCGCACGUGAAUUGUUCGAGUUUAUGGAUUCCAAUAGUUCCAUAUCCCUCAAGUUCCGUCAUUCGCUUGGCUAUGUACUUAAAUGCGGUAUCAAGGUAGUGCUGACAGGUUCAAUGCAAGAUCAAGUGGUUCCAUUAUAUUCUGCAAUUAUGUCAUCUGUGAACCACCCCAAUAUCCUCAGAUCUAUCUAUAUUGACGGUCACAUAUAUUCACAGGAUGAUUUUCUGAUCAAUCUCAUUGUGUUUGCGUUACGACUACGUAACGCUGGACUACAAGAUUAUGACCUAUUGACCCAUCUUAGUGAGGUGUUAGCGGGGAGUUUAUAUGCGCUGGAAGGUGGACACUCGACCAUCUAUGAAGAACUACAAGUGUAUAUGACAGCUGUACGCUAUACAUUUGAAACAGCUCCGUUUGGAAAAUACAUGCGUGCCAAUCUGGAUCCUCAAAAUGAAAAACUAACAGCGGCAGCCCCACAUAUUCUUGCAAGAAUGGAUCCAUUUGUUGCAAAAUUACAGCAAAAUCCAUUCUACUUACCAUGGGCGAUGCAUGGAAUAUGUUCCGAUAAGUGCAUUCUAGCGGAUGAAGGAUUGAAAAAUGAUUUACGCAAGCUAUUAGAAUUAUUUGAUGAAUGGAAUCCUGUUAGUGCUCGUUUGAAGGAUCUUAAAUUUAGACUGGAUCCUAUCAGAACCAUUAGAUUGCCUUAAACAAAAAAAUGUAUCAUACUAUUUUCUAUUUGUGUAUUUAGACAACAUAUCUGCGGUUUUUUUUAAAUGGUUGGAUGCAUAAAGUGUGUUUUUAAUUGUUUUAUCCAAUAUGUAUGAAUAACAGUAUAUUGGCAAACCUUAAACUCGGAUAUCUUGAAUUGAGUAUAUUAUUGAAUACGACAGACAUAGACAGCCACAUAACAUAUUUACAGUUAUGGAAUUAACUUGACAAAUAUUUUACUCAAAAAUUGAAUUUUGCGUGUAAAUGAAAGGAAAAACACGCUGUUGGUACUUUUAAAUAGGUCAUUGUGAGUGAAAUUACAAAGCGGUGCCUGGGCCUAAGCUUUUUUGAUAAUUUGACUCUCCGCCAUAAAGGGUUUUUAAACGUGACGUUUAUACCAACGGCCGAUGCUCCACCCUGGGGAUUAACUGGGCCAGAUGAAAGCUUGUUUUAAGACCCCGCAAGUAAACC